GAGCUGGGACUGCAAGUCUGCAACUUAAGCUUGGGCUUCUUUUUUCUCUUUAAGUAACUGCAUGCCGUAUACUCUCAGAGCGUUUGUGCUAGCUUUGCUCCAAAUUUAGCUCCUUGUUGAUAAGGAAACAGGCAGUGCUUAGAGCUACCUUGUUUAGGUAUGAAGGAAGUCGCUGCUAUAUGUCAAUCAUCGGGUGGAAGAAGUGUUCCUUCUACCUCCAGAAAUCAGUAGAAACCAAAAUCUUUUAGCUAGUGUGUAUCGAGUGAAAGCCUGACCAUACCGAUUAACCAUUAGGGUUUGUAGCUGGUAACCUAUUGUAACCAGAACUAGGUGAGCACUGCUUGAGCUACACAACAUCCAGCCAGCUGUUUAUUUUACUGUGGUAAACAUAUGGAUGAGAUCCGAAGUGAUGAUAUGGAGAAGCACGAUGAAGUUAUGUUACCUGGCUUCAGGUUUCAUCCAACAGAUGAAGAGCUUGUCAGGUUCUACCUCAAAAGAAAAAUCCAGCAGAAGUCUCUCCCCAUUGAGCUCAUCAGGCAGCUGGACAUCUACAAGUAUGAUCCAUGGGAUCUCCCAAAACUAGCAAGUACUGGAGAGAAGGAAUGGUAUUUCUAUUGUCCAAGGGAUAGGAAAUACCGGAACAGCACAAGGCCAAACAGGGUAACUGGAGCAGGCUUCUGGAAGGCCACUGGAACUGACAGGCCAAUCUACUCUUCCGAUGGAAACAAGUGCAUAGGCUUGAAGAAAUCUCUUGUCUUCUACAAGGGCAGAGCAGCCAAAGGUGUCAAAACUGAUUGGAUGAUGCAUGAAUUUCGGCUUCCCUCACUCACCGAUCCAUCAUUGCCGCAGAAGAAGCCACUUGAGAAGACCAUUCCACCAAAUGAUUCCUGGGCAAUCUGCAGGAUUUUCAAGAAAACCAAUUCAACAGCGCAGAGAGCGCUCUCUCACUCAUGGGUCUCGCCUCCCUUAUCCACCACAAAUGAAACCUACGUUCUUGCCUCGCAGGCCAAACAGAGAAGUCAGCACAGCUCGGAGAACACAUCGUCUACAAUGACUGACAUCGUCUCCUCCACCAUCCAGUUCACCGGCAGCAGUUACAUGCCUUCAAUAGUUACCUCUUGCCACAAUCCUCUGAGCAUCAUUGACAGCAGCAGCAGCAGCAGCAAGCCAGCUGCAUCCAUGGCACUGCACCCACCAGGUGCAGAGCAUCAAGCCAUGAGUGUUCUCUCAGCAAUACCACUUGAUUUUCCAGCGGGGAUGGACAUCCCAUCAAUGGUUCUAAACACAUCACCCAUUACACUCCAGAACAUGGAUAGGAUCCCGACAAACAUUGAGUUUGGCCAACCACAGCACGCCAACAGCAGCAGCAGCAUGGCCAACAGAUGCACGGUUGAUUUGCCUGACAUUGGCUAUAGUAUCAAUGUUGCUCCACGGUCAAUCAACUUCCCAUUCAACCUGCAAGGGGUGCUGCCUGAUGACUGGAGGAUGACCUUGCCUUGGGAGUCUCUCCCUUGCACAACCGAGGUCUCAACAAAUUACCAGUCGACCAAGUGCUAUACCUAGUUUCUGUACUAAUGUAGGUUUGGCUUUAGAGUGCAGCAGACAGUAGUAGCUACCUCCGUCUGCUAGUUUUGCUGUUAGCAUGAAGAAGAAUUAGAAUUUCAUUAUGUUAAUAGUGAAGCUAGCAGAAUUAUUAGGAUGCAUCUGUGUGACUAAGUACCAUUUGUCCAAUGUAGGAGCAGUUGUGAUCUUGGCUUCAGUUUUGUUCAUAGUUCCAUGUAUUCAGAAUGUGUCAGAGGAAUU